UAAAUAUCGAUCGAUUUUAAAGAUCCUUUCCCUCUUAUGAAGGUGUGAAAUAAAACUAGAGCUGCAUUUAAAAAAACGGUUAAUGACACAAUCAUAUGGAAUAUAUUUAAUUCUGAACCAAAAUAAGGAUUCUGGAUUUGCACUCAAUAUAAAGGAAAACAAAAGCACCCCAAGAGUUGUUGAUUCUUCGGGCUUGAUCGAGGUUCCAGGAGAAAUUGGUUCAGCAAGAACGGUAAACUCAAAUCAGAGCUGGGUCGGAAAAUACAUCCAUAAGCUGGGUCGGAGACUUCCUAGCCAUGGCCAGGAUCCUGUGGGUGAUAGCGGCUCUGUCCCUGGUGUCACUCACCCACAGUAUAACGAACGACGUGGUUUACAUUAUUGACACCUCUGGAAGUCUUAAUCAGACCGACCUGGAGUACUCAGUAGAUUUUUUAAUUGACGUCACAAAUUAUCUGACGAUUGGAUCGAGCGACAUCAAAAUAUCUAUAGUGACAUUCUCCAAUGUCUCUAUUGUACAACACAAUUUUAACAGCUUAUCCGAUAAGGCUGCGGUGUUGACAGCGCUCCAAAAUCAGAAAUCCAUAACGACAGCAGGCGGCACCAAAACAUAUGAAGCACUUAAUGACGCAAACACCCUUUUCACGUCAGCAUCAAGCGGCAGACGUACUGGAGUAAACCAGACGGUGGUGGUUCUGACUGACGGGAAGUCUGACAACCUGCUCAAUACAAGGUCAGCAGCGGAGGCUUUGCAUAUGCAAGGAAUAGAGGUCUUCUCUGUGGGAGUGGGUAGCGAAGUUGUUGACGACAAAACGGAGCUGUACGCCAUUGCCAGUGAUCCUGACUCCUACUACCAGCAUGACAUUGAGAACUUCAUCCAUCUCUGUAACGUUGUCCCGACACUGGCCCUCAAGUUAGAUCCAAGCAUCGGUACUAUAACACUACCACCUGACUGUGUGACCACCACCACAACGACUGCUGCUCCGAAAAAGAAAGCCCCGGCCGCCACUACCACUAGUGCUGCCACUACCACUGUUUUAACUACCACCACUAGUGCUACCACUACCACUGUUCCAACAACUACCACUAGUGCUGCCACUACCACUGUUCCGACAACUACGACUAGUGCUGCAACUACCACUGUUACAACCACUACCACUAGUGCUGACACUACAACCACUGCAUCUGCAGGCACCACUACUACAGCUGCAAAUCCACAAAGCCAGCAAUCUGCAGCAACAGACGACUCCUCGUCUUCUACUCCAAUAAUCGCUGUGGGGGCUGCAGCCUCUCUUCUCCUUUUGUCUUCAAUCCCUGGUGGAUACUUCAUGUACAAAGCGGCGCUUAGGAGAAAAAUUCGACAAGAAGAGAAGGAAGAAGAAGUCCAAGACGCCAUUCAACCAUAUGAAAAUUCGGCACCAAAGCAUUUAGGCCCGGGAAAACCCGCUUGGCAAGCGUAGAAAUUCUUAUUUACAUGAACAUUUGUAAUUAAAGGAACUUGGUGCUAUCUAAAGAGCAAAUUCUUUAUUUUAGAAAAUGUAAAUAAAAUAUAAAUUGCUUUAUAUAAACCUAUAGUAGUACUGUCUGAAUAUUAACAAGCUAAAGCUGUUUACCUACAUACAUUGUACACUCAGUAACAAACAAUAUAUAUAAGAAAUGGACCUUCACGAAUUGAAACGUAAAGGAAAUCAUAUUUUGUUUAACGGUGAAUUGCACUAUUAUAAUAAACUAAGUUUUGUGUUGUUGAUAUAAUACGUGUAAAUGGUAAACACGUGUACAUACUGUGAAUAGUUCUAAGGGGACCACAUCACUCUUUUUUUUAAAAAAAAAUGGAAUAAAACUCUGCAUACAGUGAUAAACAGUAUUACAUACUUCUAAGACUUGUUAGAUUUUUUUCUUUGUUGGCUUUUUCUGUUUGUAAAUAAACUUGUAAAACA